AGCUGCAUCACAAAGCUCCGUCUGUCGGCCGCAUCAACGGAUCACCAGAUCAACCAACCAACCGAACACGUCCUCUCGAGGGAAGAAAUGGGUUCGUGCGUCUCGCGCUCGCCGGCGUCGGCGCCGUCCGCAGGAUCAUCAGUGCGGAGAGUGCCCACCGUGAAGGUUGUGGACAUGGACGGCUCCAUGGCGCAGUACGCGGCGCCCAUCACGGCGCGGGAGGCCCUGGGCGACGACGAGCGCCGCCGUGGCGCGCCGGUCUUCCUAUGCAGCUCCGACGAGCUCCGCCUCGACGCGCCCCCGCGCGCGCUAGCGGACGAGGAGGCGCUGCAGCCUGGGUGGCUCUACCUCGUGCUCCCCAUGUCCAUGCUUCGCCUCGCGCUCACCGGGAACGACAUGGCCGCCCUCGCCGUCAGGGCCAGCUCCGCGCUCGCCGUCGUCAGCGGUGCCGCGUCCCCUCCGAGGAGCAAGAGCAUGGCUGGCACCAAGGUCAAGCAACGGAAAACGGCUCGAGUGGCACCCGUCGUCGCCUCCGACGAGCACGCCGAACUAGCAGAUGGUGAAUGGAGCCAGCACGCCUAUGGCAAACAUGGAGCCGCGCGCAAGACGGUGCGCGGCGGCGGCGAUGAGACGGCAGGGAAAAGGAGGAAGAGAGCGGGUUACAGAAGUAGCGGCGCUCGUCAUCGUCAUGGUGCGGCAGACGUGCCGAGGUUAAGUGCCAUUCUAGAAGAUGACGACUUUUGAGCAGCCCCGGUCGAUCCAAGUCGAUUUUAACGACUCGAUCAUUGCGACCAUUCUAGAAGACGGGUACUUCAGAUAAUAGUAAGAGUAGUUGUUUCAGUCGACCGUUGGAUCCCCAUUCAGAGGAGCAUCUAAAGGUAUAAUUGCCGCAAGCUCAUGGAGCCUUCCCAGGCCAUCCACGACAGGCCACCAGUCGCGCGAGGAAAGGGCACUCG